GGGUUUAUAAGAUGCCACAGUACCCUGCAGAUUCCAUAUUCGUUCACAUUUGGGAUUUGUCCCAAAAGUCUCUGCUUACUCCAUUUGGACAGACAAUAAGAAAAUAAGGCCAUGUCUGGGAAGAUGGUGGUGACCCAACCCCGGCCCUUCAUCAUGACCAAUUCAUCCAGCCAAUGGACAUCCAGCAUCUGCGACUGCUUUGAAGACUUGCCCCAGUGUUGCUUGGCCUUUUGGUGCCUACCCUGCUUCGCCUGUAAAACAUCCUACGAGGCCGAGGAGUGUGUGUGUUUGCCUCUGCUGGACUCUUUUGGAAUCAUCCCGCCUAUAAGCACAGCCCUCAGGGUGUCAGUACGCCGGAAAUAUGGCAUCGAGGGCACAAUCUGCAGGGACUGCCUGUUCGCCUGCUGCUGCGGGCCCUGCAGCUGGUGUCAGAUAGCGAGAGAAAUCAAGAUGCGGAACAACCCCAUUACAUUCGUCAGCAUGUCACCCUGAUUUCCGUUUUUUUAAUCACUGGUAAAGCAAACAUCAUCAUCAUGGACCUCUCUUCAUCAUCAGGGCCUGUGACGUGUUAAUGAGAGAGGGCAACUUGAAAUCAAUGUUCUGAUCUGUUUCUCAGAACGUCUGCUUCUGUGGAAUGUCACUGAGCAGCUGAUUCGAGAUCAGCACAAGAGGGUCAUAGAGGUUUCAUCAGUCCCUGGAAUGACAAAGAGAUAAACAGGUUCUUGGCCUGUUUGACAUCCACUGACAGAUAUUAAAGACUAGCCAGUGACAGUGUGAUU